AUGCUCGAUCUACAUCGUGCCGAUGCUGCGCCCGACACGAAAAUAUACUUCUCCCACAGCCUCCUCCCAUCUUACAUCGACCCGCAAAAUGUCUCUACGAAAAAGAAGCCCUUCUCAGCCUUCAACAAGCAGAAAUACAGCCAUACCGUAGACCUUGUCCUCCCCGAAGAAAUAUACGAGCUCGUUAAAAAUGAGCUGGGCCGCCCCGAUGGCCCCGCUAGAACGCAGUAUGCUCGGGUUCACAUGAAGCUUGGGGAAAUCCUCGAGACGGAAUUCCUAGACACGUACAUCAAGCAGGGGAACAUUAUGAUGCUCAGCGAAGGCCGGCAACUCAUUGACGACCGGUUCGAACUAUACGAAGGCACUCUGCGUAUGGAGCUCACGCGUCCGACGUACGAACGAUGCGGCCUACAGGGCAUCCCGAUCGAAGACGGCGGCAAGAAGCACCAGAAGCAGCGGUGGGUAGUGGAAUACGAUCUGCGCGCUAGUUCGAUGAAGCAUGGGAAAAAGGGAUUUUCAAGACUGGAGUGGGCGUGCAAGAAUGUCCUGGAUCGGUCGCUCACCUGGCUCUUCUACAACUUCAAUCCUUCUUCUGCUGAGUCGCUUGCUGAGGGUAAGGAACCGAUAUCAAGACACGCGCCUUGGCUACACAACAUGGCACCCGAGGAGACAAGCAUGGACAACGUUCUUGUGCCGCAGCUCCCCGUCAGCGACCUCACGAAGCUACAUGCUGAAGAAGAAGAGGCGCUCGAUCUCCUCGAGUACCUCCACAUGCUCCAGCUGAAAUCUCCUAGGGUGGAAAAGGGUGACGAUAUCAACCCGCAUCUGGCACGUUACGACGUUCCAGAUCUAGGCAAAGGUGUCACUACCAGGAACUUGGUCACAGUGCGAUGGAGAGGCUUCAUGUCGCCGACGUUUGUGCGCAACCUCUUCCUUACGGUUAGAAAAGAAGGCUCCAAAUGUAGGAAGAAGCUCAAUGGUACACAAGACACAGACGUGAAUAUGGAAGGCAACAGCAUGGUCAAGGAUGAAGAGGUGGGGUGGUUUGUUAUGAGCGCUCAAGCUUUUGGAGGCAAGAAUGCCUGGACAGUGAUGCAGUUUGUAGGGCGCGAGACGCUUGUCUGGGAGACGGAGAACUGA